AUGGACGCAGGUGAGGGCUCCUGGGGGGUCCCGGCGCCCGGCUGCUUCUCCCGCGGGGGCCCCAACCUGGCCCUGGGACCCCUCCUCCGGAAGCCGGGACGCCGGGAAGAUGCUGGGGAAAGUUCGGGCAACUUAGGCGGUCAGCCCAUUGGCCAGGGUCUGCUACCCCGGCGGCCCCCAUCUUCCCUGGCUCUCAAGCCAGGAAUCGCUUUGGCUCAGCUCUUCUCAGAGCAGAUCUCAGGGGCUGCCCUGGACGGAUCCUUGCCUGGUCCAGUCGGCCAGCAACAGGGCCGCAGGCGCAGGACCCGUGCCCAGCAGCAGCCAGCAGGGGCAAGGCCUGUGUUCCAGCCCAGCCUGGUGAUGCGCCUGUCGAGUGACGCCAGCAAGCCCCCUGCCCUCUCGACCCACACUUGCGCUUUGGGAGCCGAUGCAAAAGGGGGUGGUGGCCCCGCAGCCUCUGAGGAUCCCCGGAGCCCCACGCUCCCGCAGCUCCCGUGCCGCCCGCGGCUCCUGGAUGAGGAUGGAGGGCCCAGCAAGGAGGUGGCCGUGGAUGGGGGCAGCUCCCCAGCUGCGGAGGAACCUCCGGCCGAUGCCCAGGCUGAGGCUGAGGCUGUAGCCGCGUCCCCCCCCCAGGCUGAGGCUGUGGGCGAGGCCCAGCAGGGGCCCAAGGUGGCAGCCGGCGGGGUGCCCAACAUCGGCUUUGUGGGCGAGCCCCCGCCCUACGCUCCACCGGACCCCAAGGCCAUGCACCUGCUGUACCCGCCCUUCCCACAGGGGCCGGUCCUCUUCCAGCCCGGGCCCUCGCCCCAGGCCCUGUACCCACCGCCGCCGGCCGCGCCCCUGUACCCCGCGCCCGCUGCGCCCCCGCUCUUCGCACCCUUUCCGGUGUACAACAGCCCUGUGGCCAGCAUGUCAGCCCCCGCCACCGCCGGCGAGCACAGGCCGCUGCCCAAGGACCACAUGAUGGAGUCGGUGCUGGUGACGCUCUUCUGCUGCCUGCUCACGGGGCUCAUCGCCAUCGUGUACUCGCACGAGACCCGCGCGGCCCUGCGCAGGGGGGACCUGGCGCAGGCGGAGGAGGCGUCCCGCAAGGCCCGCUCGCUGGUGCUCUUCAGCCUGCUCCUCGGGGUGUUCGCGUCCGCCGGCUGGGUCGUCUAUGUGCUGGUGGCGCUCUACCUGCCCUGAGGCCGCGGCGGCGCACGGGGACGCCCAAGCCGCACGGACUCUGUCUGUGGACUCCGAGCCCUGCCGGCGGCCACCUGUCGCCGACAGAGGGGCCCCGGGGGCAGGAACAGCUGGGGUGUGGCGCCCUCGGCACAGCCGCGGCCGGGCCUCACCCCUCCCGGUGGUCCCCCGGCCGCGUCCUAACUGACCUGCCGCGGG